AUGUAUUGGGCACAUCCACAGUACACAACACUCCAUGUCCACUACACACAAAUGCCGCAAUACGAAGCAUUUUUGCUUUGUUCGGCUAGAUAUGCGCUGCCGCCUACCCCAGCUUUUGUAGCUCGCCUACCUGCCCUGCCGUUACGCUACCACCACUAA